AAGAAGAAGAAGACGAAGAAGAAGGGGGGGAGACGGCGGCUCGGAGGGAGAGAAGUCCCUGAAGAAGAAGAAGGAGCAGAAGGCGGCGAAGAAGAAGAAGAAGAGCAAAGCUCCGGUGGAGAAGGUGAGCGGGGGGGCGACCGUCUGAAGAGGACAUCCAGCCUCAGAGGCCUCUUUCUGGGCAGAAGACGGAGCUUGUGAGACCCCCCUCUGGUUCCUCUGUGGAGACUAAACGCUUAGUAAACAUGGCUGAAGACAUCCUGUACUGUUACGGUUUAAUACUCUCUACUUUAGUUACAUCAUCAACAUUUAAGUGAAAUCAUCUUAACUGCCAUUUUAGGUUUAUUUUUGUCAUAAAAGGACAUUUUUAAAAAUAUUAAUUGAACUUUUAGGCUGCUUAAAUAACGGUAAAUGUCUCUAGGUAAUAUUAUUGUACAUUCUUUUUGAUUUUUCUGACAAAAGUCACUGGGAAAUUGUGAUUUUCACUAUUUAUUACCAUUUUAUCAACGAAAUACUUCAACUUUUAGUAACAUCAUCAGAAUUUUAAUUAAUGAUCUUAACUAUACAAUGUUAAGGUUUAUUUUGUCAUGAAAAGGAGAGGAUUUUUUUAAUAUUAAUUGACUUUCAGGCUGCCUAAAUAACUUUAAAAUGUCUCUAGGUAAUAUUAAUGUCAAUUAUUUUGCUUUCCUGACAAAAAGGCAAUCUGAAGACACUGGGAAAGUAUGAUUUUCACUAUUUUCUGCCAUUAUAUCAACAAAAUACUUAAUAUUUUAGUAACAUAUUCAGAAUUUAAAUGAAAUUAUCUUAACUGUACAAAUGUAAGUUUUAUUUUUGUCAUUUUUUUAAUUAUUAAUUGACUUUCAGGGUGUCUAAGUGACUUUUAUCUUGGAGUUAAUUCCCAUUUUCAGUGUUAUUUGGUACUUGUGCCGAUCACAGCGUUAUGAUGACAUCACACCCUCUAAAUUAACUCCACAUGGCAACAAACUUACUUUUAAAUCAAAUCAGCCUAUUAAUCCACUAACAAAUGUAUCGCAAACAUGUAGCGCUGAAUCUAUUCGUCCAUAUAUUAUAAUUAAAACAUAAACAACAAGAUGUGUUAAAAGAAAAUACCAUAUGGAACAUUUCUCUUGUUUAUAUGAUUGUAAAUUGAAUAUCUUCCGAUUUUUGGACGGCUGGUCUCUUGAUUAUCACUAUUUAUGAAAUGUUAUCAACUAAAUAAUUAAAAAUAAAUGAUUGUAUGCCAAGAUAGAGUUUAAACCAGUAAUCAGAGUACUUUAAAUGUUGAUAUCAUGCCCAUCGGAGCUGUAGAUUCAAAAGGGAAUUUAGUUUCUUAGUUUUCCUCUCAGUUGAAUGUGGAUUUGCCGUUUGGCUUUCCGGCUGUUUCUCAUCAAAAUGUGAAUUUAAAUGUAUCUGCUGUUCUGACAUGUUCUUGUAUUUACUGAAAUAUUAAUUCCUCUGUGGGACUUUUACGUUAUUUGUUUAAAUUUAAUCUCUUUUUAGGACCUAGAAAUGCUGAAAUUAAGUUAUCCUGAGAUAGUCAACUCUAGAAAACCUACUUUGAGCCAAUAUUUAGACAUGUUUUAUACCAGUAAAGGAAACUAUAUGACCAUAAUUAUGACCUUUUAACAAUUUCCAGUAAUACAGACCACAAUAUUAAUGUUAUUGCCAUUAUUAUUAUUGUUUCUAUCCGUGAAAUUGCCCUUUUAAUGAGUAAAUUCAACAUGUGAGGUACAUUUUUUUUUUAUAUCAGUAAUUUCUGUUUCUGUAAUUGUUUUAUUUCCUUUUAUUGUUUUUUGUAUUUGCUUGUGUCUGUGCUGCAAAACAGCUGCUAUUUAAGGUGUGUGUGUGUGUGUGUGUGUGUGUGUGUGUGUGUGUGUGUGUGUGUGGGUUGUGUGUGUGUGUGUGUGUGUGUGUAG